UUCUAAGCUUGAAUAUCGGCAUUGUAACUACAUAGCUAUGUAUGUAGUGUGAUUUUAUAAUUUUGAAUUACCUACCGUACCGUUACGUACCGUAAUAAACAAUUAUAUGUAAAAUUAUAAUUAUAACGUAUGUAUGAACAAUUGCAAUAUGAAAUAUGAAAUUUAAAAUAUAUAUGAAAUAUGAGCAUGAUGAAAUCCGUUUUUGUAAGCUUUAUUAUUGUAACUAUUUUAAUAAUUCAAUCCGGUCAACAUUUUAUAACACCACUUCAUCAUUGUGUUCUCGCCGAAAUCUGCAACCACACACGGGUAACGGUUUGCGGACAGGAUAAGAAGAAUUCCGAACUCCGGAUUUUCCACGACGAAUGUGAUUUGUUUGAGUUAAAUUGCGACGGUGGUAGAGAAUUCGUACCAGUUAAUUAUUCAGAAUGUUUUCAACAAGCAAAAAACAAAAUGCCAGUAGAUAUUUAUGCAAUAAAAUAUAAUAAAAAGAUAUUGCAGAAUAUGAAUAAAGAAAGGGUGGAAGCAAAGGCGACGGUUACUUUGAAAGGGUUUCGGUUAAGGAAUCAAACAAUGUCGCUACCUGAAACCACUGUUACUACGACCCCUACUACUUCUACUACUCCUGCUCCUACUACUACUCCUGCUCCUACUACUGCUCCUGCUCCUACUACUGCUCCUGCUCCUACUACUACUCCUGCUCUUACUACUACUACUCCUGCUCCUACUACUAGUACUCCUAUUACUACUCCUGCUCCUACUACUACUACUACUACUCCUACUACUACUACUACUACUACUACUACUAUGGCGAGAAUAUCUACAGUCAUAUUAAAAAAGGAGACGGUUUGGAGAAAUGGAAAAUUAUAUAUGAAAGUAGUAAAAGGUCUGGUACUGUAUAUUAUUCGUACAAGUAGACCAUCAUGCACACACUUUAUACAACCACUUGACGCUUGCGUGCAAUCAGAAAUUUGUAACCAUACGUGGAUUCCUGUUUGUGGACAAAAUGAAAAGACUUCAAUACGACGAACGUUCGGUGACUUGUGUGACAUGUUAGAAUACAACUGUGAUUUUAAAACAGAAUACAGGGAAAUCAGCCGAGAAGAGUGUGUAAAUACAACCACUAUAUCAGUGCGUAAAUCAUUAUUCACACCCAGUGAUACUACUACAGCCUCAUAUAUUUAUGAUGAUGAUGAUUACCUUACAAAUCUCCCUGUAAAUGUUACAACAAUGUCAACAUUUUAUUUGAAACCACCCGAUGAAUCAACGGAUGCUGCCACGUUUAUCAGUGCAAUCUCAGAAAACCCACUGAUAAACGUUCUCACACACGGGUUCGAAUAUAGACGUCAAAUCACAGAUCCAUUAUCCUCUUCAUAUACAAAAAAUGAGACCACUUUAUCUACGGAGGCAUUUAAAGCAUGCACUUGUUCAACGUCUGCUAUUACCACUACAACGGCAAAGACUACAACGACUACAUCGCCUACCACUACAGCUCCUAUUACUACAACUACUACUUUGUCUACCGAGGCUUCUAAAGCAUGCACCUGUUCAACGAAUGCUAUUACCACUUCAACAACACCUAGUACCACUACACCUACUACAUCGACAACCAUUACUCCUAGUACAUCUACGACUAAUUUAUCUACUGAUGCAUCUAGUGUAACCGAUGGUAGAGCAUGCACGUGUUCAACAAGUACUCCUACAACAACAAUUGAAAUUACGCCAUCUACUACCACUACAAUCACAACACUUACUAGUAAUGUGUCUACUGAGUUCUCUAGUGCAACGACAAAUACAACAGAGUCUGAAACAACCCCUAAUACUAUUAUGACUACUGUGUCUACUGAGUCACCUAAAGCAUGCACGUGUUCAACGCCUAUAAUUACCACUACAACGGCAGUAACCACAGCUAGUACCACUACAACAAUAGCCACCGCACCUAGUACUACUACUACAGCUAGUACAUCAGUAACCGUUACAACUCCUAGUACCAAUACAACAACUGUGUCUACGGAGUCAUUUAAAGAAUGCACUUGUUCAGCGCCUACUGAUACCACCACAACAACAUCGACCACACCUAGUACCACCACACCUACUACAUCGACAACCAUUACAACUCCCAGUACAUCAACGACUACUUUAUCUACUGACGCAUCUAGUGUAAUCGAUGGUAGAGCAUGCACCUGUUCAACGCCUAUAAUCACCACUACAACGGCAGGGACCACAGCUAGUACUACUACAAAAAUAGCCACCACACCUAGUACUACUACAACAACAGCCACCACACCUAGUACUACUACAACAAUGGCCACCACACCUAGUACUACCAUUACAUCAGUACCUGUUACAACUCCUAGUACCAAUCCUACUACUGUGACUACGGGGUUAUUUAAAGCAUGCACUUGUUCAGCGCCUACUGAUACCACCACAACAACAUCGACCACACCUAGUACCACCACACAUACUACAUCGACAACCAUUACAACUCUUAGUACAUCAACGACUACUUUAUCUACUGAGGCAUCUAGUGUAACCGAUGGUAGAGGAUGCACGUGUUCAACAUCUACUUUUACAUCAACAAUGGAAACGACGCCGUCGACGCCAUCUACUACAACUACAAUCACAACACCUAAUACUAGUGUGUCUACUGAAUUAACUAGUGCAACGACAAAUACAACAAAGUCUGAUACAACUACAAUGACUACGACAACAGUCCAGUCGUCAACGCCAUGGAAAGGCUGUGGACAUCCCGGAUGCGAUAUAGUGGCCACUUGGGCGACAACAGUUAAAGGAGAAACGAGGGACUAUUAUCAGAUUCUUAGGAGCAAAUAUGGCCAUCUUCCUCUCAGGAGAAGGAAACAUAUUCAAGCAUUAAGAUCCUCCACUCGUUAUCCUCCAGGAUUUCCGUUUUCAAGGCCUCGUCUUCGUUAUCGUUUUCGUCCUUUGGGUCCUUAUAAGCAAUUUUAUGGACGUCAUGUCGAAGGCUAGCUUUAUCUAUCUACUUAACAAUGAGAUUAUAUAUUAUGACGAAGAACUCGUGGCGUGGGAGCGGUAAUGUCAAGGUAGGUACAUUAACGGAGCCCUGAUUUUUAUCGGAUAAAACUUACAUUAAGUGUCCAAUUACAACACAGAAAUGUUGAGAUUUGAAUGUUGGCUGUAAUCAACAUGCGUGGAAAUUUAAUUUAUGUGUAUCUAGAUUCUGCCGCAUAUUGAUAUUUUAGUGAACUCUACCAUUAUAAUCGGUUUAAUGGUAUGAAACGGUCGAAUUGAUAAACUUCUCCUUUUUUGUAGGCGAUUAAAAAUGACAGGUGUCUUUGGUACUGAUUUAAUA